AUGAGCAAACGCACACAUGAAGGAACGAAUUCAACGACCGUUAGGGAUCGUCAUUCGGAGGUUUAUUUGGUAACCAUUGAGGAUGAAACUGAUGAAGAAUUGGUGGAUGAAGAAGAAACCGACUCGGAAGAAUUUACUCCAAUAUCAAAAAAAGUAAAAAUAGUAUCCGAUCAUAUUGAUCUUCCUCCUCAUGCGAAUACCAUAACGGCAUCAUCCUCCCCUUCAACCAAUCCAAGCACAAAUCCGAUCUUUGAAAAAUUAAAAGAAAUGGAUUCAAGUAUAAAUUUUAAAACCAAAAAAGACUUUGAAGAGGCAUUUGCUUCCAUUGCUCAUUAUUUAUUGAAUCAUGUUGAACUGGUUGCGAAAGGAAAGACGUUCCGAUUGGCUGAACUUGAAUUUUAUUAUACAUGUGCUCCAGUACAUAAUGAUCCCUUUAACCAUUGUCAUGCGCUUCAAACAACUAAAGGCGAAUGGUACUUUCAUCAAUCACCAUCAAAACUCAACAAUGAUAAUUAUAGAGGAGGAAAUUAUAAAGGACUGGAUUUGUCGAUUGGUUGUGCCAAAUUUAAGGGAGGUAUUUUGAUUCGCUCAUUGAUUCGAUGCAGUGACAACAAAUUUAUUGAAGGACCGUCGUUGUGUGUGGAUGAAAUACUGUCUCUGUAUUCAUGUAACACAAUUCAUGAAUUUGUCAUGAAACAUUUUCCCAACCAGAAACAUUUUAAUGCAUUGGAUGAAAAGUCUACAGUUCACUUGAGAGUGUGUGCAACACCAAAAUCAGACAGUUUCAUUCGAUCUGCACGAGUUGGAUUGACAUUGAAGCAACAACGUAGCAAAAAGGAGAGAAUUGAGUUUAUUUUCAGACCCUAUCGAUUUUGUUUAAGGCCAGAGAAGGUGAAAAAAGGAAAGCAUUUGAUGGCCAUUGUGUUAUAUAAGGAAUUGUGGACAAAGGGCGAAAAAGAUAUUAUCAAAAAAGUGGAAAAAUUGAUUGGAACUAGUGGUCUUGCAAAAUAUUUUGAAGUGUUUGAAGAAAAGAAAGCGAUUGCUUUUGAAUCAGUUUCAAAAAUUGAUGCUAAAACAGUUAAAAAUUAUGAUAAGGACUUGACGACACAACAAAUUUAUGAGCUUGGAGGUAUUUUGCGUCACAUUUUUUAA